AUCAGGGUCAACGAGGGAACCGAGCAGUUCAUCAGCUCCUCCCGUGUCAUCCGCCACCCCAACUACAGCUCCUACAACAUCAACAAUGACAUCAUGCUGAUCAAGCUGAGCGAGCCCGCCACCCUCAACCAGUAUGUGCAGCCUGUGGCUCUGCCCACCGGCUGUGCUCCCGCUGGCACCAUGUGCACAGUCUCUGGCUGGGGCAACACCAUGAGCUCCACUGCUGAUGGCGACAAGCUGCAGUGCCUGCAAAUCCCCAUCCUGUCUCACAGAGACUGUGACAACUCCUACCCUGGCAUGAUCACCGAUGCCAUGUUCUGCGCUGGAUACCUGGAGGGCGGCAAGGACUCUUGCCAGGGUGACUCUGGUGGCCCCGUUGUGUGCAACGGUCAGCUGCAGGGUGUUGUGUCCUGGGGAUACGGAUGUGCUGAGAGGGACCACCCUGGUGUCUACGCCAAGGUCUGCAUCUUCAACGACUGGCUGGAGCGCACCAUGGUAUCCAGCGCACACCAUUUGAUCAGUGAUCUGGCCAGGGUAGGAGCCAUCACAGUCCUUGUCGGACAGAAUGGGGACUUCCACACACUGGAGGGAUUUCUUUGUGAAGAUGAGGUGCACCUCACCUUGAUCAGUGUAGAUGUUGCCCCAUCCAGACACCAUACACAUGUCUCCAGGUUGGGCGCAGGCUUUGGGCAGGGCCACAGGCUUGACAUACUGGUUCACAGUGACAGGGUGUGCCAGCCUCAUCAGCAUGAUGUCGAAGUCCAGUGUCUGGUAGUCGUAACUCUGAUGCCAGUAGAUGGCAUCCACAGACAUGUACUGCUCAGUGCCCUCGUGCAUCCAGAUGUGGUUUUCACCCAGGAUGUGGGCGGCAGAGAUGAUCCACUUGUCGUUGAUCAGGGAGCCGCCACAGUAGUGGUAGCCAAGGUUCAGGGACACCUGCCAGGGCUGAGAAUGUGCUUUACCUGCAGCACCAAGGAGUGUAAGCACGAUCAGGCCAAUCAUCUUGUGGCUUCUUACGACCAGACUGGACCGGCAGUUCCUCGUGAGGAUGGCAGGAUCAUUGGUGGACAGGAGUGUGAGCCUAACUCUCGUCCAUUCAUGGCCUCCCUCAACUAUGGCUACCACUUCUGUGGUGGGGUGCUCAUCAACAAGCAGUGGGUUCUCUCUGUUGCUCACUGUUGGUACAACCCCUAUUACAUGCAGAUCAUGCUGGGUGAACAUGAUGUACGAGUGUUUGAGGGCACUGAGCAGCUUGCGAAGACCGAUACCAUCAUCUGGCACCCUAGUUAUGACUACCAGACCCUGGAUUACGACAUCAUGCUGAUCAAGCUGUACAACCCUGUGGAGGUGACAGCCGCAGUCGCACCCAUCUCAUUGCCCACAGGAUGCCCAGUUGGUGGGCUUCCAUGCUCUGUGUCUGGCUGGGGUAACACUGCCCUGGAUGGAGAGGUGAACAUGCCCACACGUCUGCAGUGUUUGGAUGUCCCCGUAACGGAUGAGCAGGACUGUGAGAACGCUUAUCCUGGUAUGAUCACGCGCAGGAUGUUUUGUGCCGGAUACAUGGAUGGAGGCAGAGAUGCAUGCAAUGGUGACUCUGGCAGCCCCCUGGUGUGUCUGGGAGAGGUCUAUGGCCUGGUGUCAUGGGGACAGGGAUGUGCCCUCCCUGGCUAUCCCGGUGUCUACGUCAAAGUGUGCGAGUUCCUUUACUGGAUUGAAGACGUCUUUGCAGCCUACCCAUAAAGAAAUUACUCAUUUUCCCUCCUCACUUCUUCAACUUAUUCCCCUCAUUUCUCUGCCCCACCCUCUACCUUCCCUCCUAUAUAACUCUUACCAAUUCUCCCUUUUUUGAGGCUUUCUCUUGUGCCUGAACUCUUUUGCAUUU